UGCACAAAAGUUCACUUAAAGAUACCGCGCAGAAUAAAGUCAAUUCGAUUAGCUCGCUUCCAGUUACAUCCCGUCCUUUAAACCGACCGAAGCUUCCAUUCUGAGAACGAAGAAACGGGUUAAAAAUGCUACUGCAAGCCGUUCUUGCCGGGGUGGUUUCCUACGUCGUGGUAAAGUUUGUCCUCCAGAGAAAUCAGCUGAAGAAAAUUGCCGCCCACUUUGGGGGACCCAAACCGUUGCCGGUUAUUGGGAAUUUGCUCGAGUUCAACACCGAUGUGCCAGGAAUUUUCGAAAAAGGCAUCCAGCUCCUCCACCGCCACGGACCGGACAUGUUCGUGUGGGGCCUGCUCAAUCAGAACGUGCUGGUGAUGAGCAGUGCCACGAACGCGGAAAAGGUCCUGCUGGCCAAGGCCACCCAAAAGUCGGUCCUGUACAGCUUUCUGCAGCCGUGGCUCCGCACCGGACUGCUGCUGUCCAGCGGUGAAAAGUGGUUCCAGCGAAGGCGCAUCAUUACGCCGACGUUUCACUUUAAAAUUUUGGACCAGUUUGCGGCCGUGUUCAACCGGGAAGCGGACACCAUGGUGGGGAAUUUGAGGAGGCACACCGGCCGGGAGGAGUUUGAUAUUUAUGCGUACGUAACGCUGAUGGCGUUGGACAGUAUUUGUGAAACAUCCAUGGGAAUAUCCGUGAAUGCACAAAAUGACCCAAACAACAAAUAUGUGCAAAAUGUGAAACGCAUGUCCGUUCUGUUUCUGCUCCAAGUUGUCAAUAUCCUCGGAGGAUACCCGACGCUGUUCAGCAUUCUGCACCCGCAUGCUUACGAGCAGCGCCGGAUAGUGCGGGAGCUGCACCAGUUCACCGACUCCGUGAUUGCCCGGCGGCGACAGCAACUGGCGGAUCAAACGGCAGAUCUCAACCAACGAAGCGAUGGCAGCGAGAAACAGCGCAUGACUUUCCUGGAUUUACUGCUGAACGUGACCUCGGAGGGCGAACCGCUGAGCGAUACGGACAUCCGCGAGGAAGUGGACACGUUCAUGUUUGAGGGGCACGACACAACCACCAGUGGAAUUUCAUUUGCCAUCUACGAGUUAGCUCGAAAUCCAGUAGUACAAGACAAAAUUUACGAUGAAAUCGUAUCUAUUCUUGGGAAAGAUCCAAACUCCCACGAAAUUACAUUCCAGGUUCUGCAGGAGUUCAAAUAUCUCGAAAUGGUGAUUAAAGAGACUCUGCGAUUGUAUCCUUCGGUUCCAUUCAUUGGUAGAAACGUGGUCGAACCCAUCAAGCUUGACGGCAUCACGCUACCCCCCGGCCAGGACAUCAUCGUGUCCAUCUACAUGAUCCACCGCAAUCCGCGCGUCUUUCCCGACCCGGAACGGUUCGAUCCGGAGCGCUUCGCGGACGGUGCCGAAUCCCGGCGGGGUCCGUACGACUACAUUCCGUUCAGUGCCGGUGCGCGCAACUGUAUCGGACAGCGCUUCGCAAUGAUGGAGCUGAAGGUCACGCUGAUUAAGCUGAUCGUGGCGUAUCGCAUCCUGCCGGGCGAAUCGAUGGCCCAGCUGCGGCUCAAGACCGACCUGGUGCUGCGGCCGGACCGCGGCAUCCCGGUGAAGAUUGUGGCGAGAGUUUGAGUUUCGGAUUAUUAAAUCAAGAGCUCACAUAGAUGA